GACAAUGACGACGAGGAUCCCUACAUCACCCGCAUCAAGAGGAGCGGUUGCUACGACGAACACAUUGCCCUGCAGGACUGCCACUGGGACACCAAGGACUGGCGGCUGUGUCGUCAGCAAAUGUCGGCUUUCAAACGAUGCAUGAGCAACCACAGC